AUGUACUGUACAACAAAGGCUGGGGCAGCGGUGGUUUACAUCUUUCCGGCCCUGUAUGGCGUCCUGAUGAUAAUAGCUGGCGCUUUUGAGCUGCAGCAGCACCAGAUUUUCGGGUCGGUGUGCAUCAUUUUUGGUGCCGUGUAUAUCUUGACAUCACUUGUUGGUGAGCUUGGAGUAUGCUGCCUCAAUGAGGCCGCUAUUCGAGCCACUGUGGUCUUGGUUGUGCUGGAGAAUAUCAUCGCUUUCAUGCUCGCAACCCUUUUUUUUGUCGACGUGUUCCGAUCGCGUCCGGUGGUGAAAGAGCACCGGCAGGGCUCCCCUGUCCUGUCCUUCUUCGCGUCUCACGAAACUGCAAGUAUAUACAUUUGUGUGUUCCUCUACAUUGGUGCUACCACGACGUCUUGUUGCAUUGGGUUAUUGUCGGAGUACCAGGCUCAGCUGGAUGCGGAACUUCUUCUGCAGGAAUCACGUCUGCUCAAGGAGUGCGAGCGAGCGACGCUUCUCCGAAAUUCGGGAGCGAUGGGCUCUAGAGCGCUGGACCCUGGCGAACCGGCUGCUAGUGAAUUUACCUCGGAUCGAGUUCCUUCUCGAAUCGGCACCAACGAAAUGGUUGCACAAGAGCUCAUCCCCUCCUAUCAUGCAGCGUGA